AUGGAUACCACAUUCGAUAUAUCACUAUUAAUUGGUGCUGAUUUUUACUGGCAGAUAGUUGGCGACAAAAUUAUUAGAGGUGAUGGACCCACUGCUGUAAGUUCCCGCAUUGGUUACUUCUUAUCCGGCCCACUUCAUGUAGAGAGUAGUUAUCCACCUUCCAAUGUUAUGGAAGUCAUAGCAACCCACGUAUCUGAAACGACAGACCUCACUCGAUUUUGGGAUAUAGAAUCAAUGGGUGUUUCAAAAGGAGACUGUGAAGAUACCGAUGCCUCUUCUUAUCUACAACAGUACCAGAAAUCGUGUAUUUCAUUCUCAGACGGAAAUUACACAGCGAAGUUGCCAUGGAAACAGAAUCAUCAACCCCUCCCUUCAAACUAUAACAUUACGAAGAAAAGAACAGAAUGUGCAAUAAAACGCCUAAGUCAGAAGCCCCAAAUGUUGAUGAAAUAUAACGAUAUUAUACAGGAACAAGAAAAUAGAGGUUUCAUUGAAAGAGUAGACGAAAGUUCCAGAGCAAAACGCGUGCAUUAUAUACCACAUCAUGGAGUUGAAAAGAAUUCCACAACAACGCCCAUACGAAUAGUCUAUGACUGUAGUUGCCGCCAAUCAGAAAGAAGUCCAAGUUUAAACGACUGCCUUGAAUCCACACCUCCAGAGCUGAAUGAUCUAACCACCCUUCUGUUAAGAUUUCGGCUUGGUAGAUAUGCAGUAUCAACUGACAUAGAGAAAGCCUUUCUACAUGUCGGUCUACACGAAGAUGACAGAGCUGUUACCAGAUUUCUAUGGUUAUCUGACCCUACAGAUCCCAAAAGCCAGCUUGUGACAUACAGAUUUCGAGUUGUUCUUUUUGGAGCCACAUGUUCCCCAUUUAUUCUCAAUGCUACAUUACUAAAACACAUGACCCUGAAUGCAAGUAACCCUGCCGCUAAUAUAAUUACCAGAGACCUGUAUGUCGACAAUGUAAUUUCAAGUUUUCAACAAGAACAGGAUCUUCUUACCUAUUUCCGGUACGCACGUGCUCUCAUGUCCGAAGCAGGAUUCAAUCUGCGAUCGUGGACUUCAAACUCCAGUAAAUUAUGUGAAUACGCAGUAGCUGAAAAAGUCUUGGACAAGGAUAAAGUUGUCAAGGUAUUAGGAAUGUUAUGGGACCCGGAUAAUGACGAGAUGUCGUUUGUACAGCGCACGAUAGUAAACUCUGAGAGAACAACCAAACGUUUUAUUCUCAAACAGACUUCAAAAUUAUAUGACCCCCUGGGAUUGCUUAGCCCAGUAACUGUACGCGCCAAAUUACUAGUUCAAGACCUAUGGAAGAAGAAAUUUGAUUGGGACACACCACUUCCGGUUGAUAUCAUUAACACCUGGACUGAUUUGAGCAUCGACCUGAACAGCGUAAUUCAGACCAAGUUCCAGAGACCAUAUUUUCCCACCACUGAAAAUACAGCAAAUUCUGCCGAUUUUAAUUUACACGUGUUUGUUGAUGCAAGUGCACGUGCUUAUGGAGCUGUAGCGUAUCUUACUUCCGGUCAUACAUCUACCAUUGUAUUUGCAAAGAAUAGAGUCGCACCUGUGAAAGAGAUAACUUUACCCAGACUAGAACUGAUGGCAGCACUCAUCGGUGCACGUGUAACCCACCACGUGUCAAAUGCAUUCACGUGCAAGAAAAUCACAAGUUUGUCCGACAGUCAAAAUGUGUUAAGUUGGCUGAAAUCUACAAAUACACUAAAACGCUUCAUGUUGAACAGAGUCGAAGAAAUCAAGAAACUUACCCCCGAUAUUGAAUGGCGAUAUUGUCCAACAGAUCAAAAUCCCGCUGAUUUACAAACCAGAGGUUUAACUGCGAUCCAGUUACAAUCAAGCACAUUAUGGAAAAAUGGACCUACUUGGUUAAUUCACAACAAUAAAUGGCCUACUUUGGAACAAACUAGGGCAAUCACUUUCACUACGUUGACGGAACAAAAUUCAGAGGAAGAAAUUGUAUCUGACAAGAGAGGUAACUCUGGUUUACGUCAAAUUCUAGAGUUAAACAGAUAUAGCAGCUUUCACAAGUUAUUACGUGUUACGGCAUACGUUAUACGUUUCACUAAAAACUGUAGAGUGACGUAUAAUUAUCGCCAAAUUUGUCCAUUAUCUACAGAAGAGCUGAGAUUAGCAGAAGGAAAACUGAUUGAAACUUGCCAACAACAAUAUUUCCCAGACGUAAUUCAAGAUCUUAAAUCCCAGAAAAAACGCAGUCCAAUAAUUCGACAGCUAAGACUUUAUUUAGACAAGGACGGUUGUAUUCGUUGUGGCGGAAGAAUACAUAACGCACAGUUGCCAGAGACAACAAGAUUCCCGUUCCUUAUGUCCCCAAAAAGUCAUGUCACCAGACUGAUAAUAGAAGACGCUCAUUACAAUCAGUUACAUGCAGGUGUCGCCCAUACUGUUACCCAUUUACGCCAGAAAUACUGGAUACCAUCAAUCAGACAGCACGUGAAAAGUGUUCUCCGAAGAUGUGUCAUUUGCAGAAAAGUUACAGGAAGACCCUAUACCGCCCCAGAUCCCCCACCACUUCCGGUUUCCAGAGUAAUCGUCGAACCACCCUUUCUCCGUAACAGGUGUUGA